AUGCGAAAUUUGAAAAUCCGCAGCAAUAGUCAGCCGCAUUCAUUCAUUUAUGAGGAUCCAAGAAUUGAAGAGCAGAGGAAAAUUUUGCAGCAGAGAGUGCAUGGCAAUAGAUUUGUGAUAAGAGAGGUUCCAAUACAAGGUUUGUUCAAUGGGGAAAAAUUUGGUACUAACAAUAAUGAUAAUAAUGUCAUGAUGGACUAUGAUAUCCCUGAGUUUGUUGUUUUCAUUCAAGAAGAUCUUCAACAAUUUGUUAAGGACAUAGGGGUUGAUAGGGUGGUGACCCCAGAACAAAAUUAUUGUGACUUAGAUCAUAGUCAUAAUAAUAAUGAUAAUAUUUGUCGCAUCAAAAGUAGAAGUGAUCCAAAUCUGGUAAGAACUAUGAAGAGAAUGUCAACAAUUUCUGAUGGAUCAGAAUGUGACUUUAAACACACUUCUACAAAGAAGAGGACAUCACAGACACUUGAAGAGAUUUUCAGAAAUGAUGCAGAAUUCUCAAGACCUUUCAAGAACUGGCAAUUGAAUUCACAGCUAGGAACAAAUGUGAACAAGAAUAAGUACAGUAACAACAGAGUGAAGCAUCCAAAUCAGUGUUCUUGUCCAUACUUGUCACAAUUUACAAACACUACAACCAUGCCUCCUCCUAUAAUAAUAGGUUCACAAAUUGAUGAUUUUCCUCAUCAAGAGGUUUCUUCACAUGCUCCAAGUCCUCUCUCAGUUCCAAUAUUAUCAUCAACAACAACAACAAAUUCUGGUUCUGAAGCAUCAACGUCAUCAAUCAAUGCACCUCAUCAUCAUCAUCAAUCCAAUGACAGCAUAAGCAGUACACACUCAUUUGCAUUUCCCAUAUUACCUGCUGAAUGGAGUGGAAGCCCAGUGAGAAUGGCGGAAGGUGAGAAAAGGAAAUCAAGAUUUCGCCAAUGGUGGAAGAUAUUUGUGUUUCCUUGCUUCAAAUGUUUUUGAACUAUGAACAACAAAAGAGGAUUAUAUGAUAUUAUCCAUUAGCUAUGGAUAUUUAUUUAUAUAUCUUUCA